AUGAAAGUAUAUUCAAAUAAUAAAAAAGUUAAUCUUAUAAAUAAUGAAAAAUAUAAUAAUUAUGUAUUCACAAAGUAUGGUUAUGUAAAUAAAAAUAAAGAAAGAAAUUUAGGUAAAAUAAAUAAAGUAUGUCUAGAAAAUUACGAAUCAAAAGAAAAUAUUUAUAAGUCUAAAAAUGAUCAAAUACGCAAAGUUAUCUUAAAAAAUUUAGAUAAUAACUACAUAAAUGAUAGUAACCAAUUGAAUAAAUCUAAUUUAAAAAAGGAAUAUAGUAUAAAUACUACAAAAAUAUCAAAUAUUAAAAAAACGAGUAGGGAAUCUUCCAUAAUUGAUUAUACGUUAAAAAAUAAUAAAGUUAAAAAAAAAAAUGAAGUUAUUAAUUCUACUAUCUUUGUAAAAAAUUUGAUAGAUGAAAAUAAAAAUAUUAAGAAAUUAAGUGAAAAGAGUAUUAUACAAGAUUCAUGUGUAUAUGCAAAAGAGAGUCAUAAACUCCAUAAUUUUAAUUUUACAGAUUACUAUUUAAAAAAAAAUGAUAAAAAAGAAAUAAUUCUUAAUAAAUUUUCAAAUAAAAUUAAUGACAAAAAAGAAAAAAAUAUGCAAAUAAUUAGUUUUAAAAAAGACAAUGUUUCUCAAAAAAAAAUAUUCCUAAAUAUAAGCCCUAACAUGACUUGUAAAUUAAAGGAAAAGGAUAAUCAAAAAAUUUGCAUUAAUAAUAAAAAAAACACAAAUUUUUCUCAUAAGAAUUUUAAUGUAAAAAAUAUAUCACUAUCUUUUAAUAAAAAUGUUCUAGAUAUUAAAAAAGAAACAUUUAAGGAAAAAAACAGUGAUAAAUCUUUUUUAAGUCAACUAAAUAAUCGCUUUCUUCGUAUUAAGAAAAAUGAAGAAAUUUUUUAUAAUAAUAAUAAUGAUAAAAAAAAAUUACAUCUCAGCAACAGCAUAAAAGAUAACUAUUUUAAAAUCAAUCAGAAUAAUAAUUAUAACAUUUCUUAUUUAAAUUUAUAUGAUACCAAAAGAUUUUCACCUAAAAGUAGUACUAUCUAUAAACAAAUUAUAAAUCACAAGAUAAAAAUAAGAACAUUAGAAGAAUAUAUAAAUAAAAAUAAGAAUGCCAAUAAGAUUUUUUAUUUAAAUAAAAAAAAAUUAAAAAAAACUAAGGAAAUUUUUUCAAAUAAGGUAAACAUACUUAACCUUAAAAAAGACUCAAAAAAUAUUUAUAAUGCCACUAAGAAAGAUUCUAACAAUAAAAAAAGAAACAUUAAUUUUACAGAAAAAAUAAAUGAUGAAAUAACUAAUAAAGAUUCAAAUUUAAAUUUUAUAAAAAAGCAAAAUGAUGAAAAUACAAAGCAUAGUAACUUAAAAGGAGAAUUGAAUAACAGAAAGUCAAAUAAGCACACUAAGGCAGUUCCUAUAGAAAAAAUGAAAAGUUCUAAUAAUUCUUUUUAUAUAAAUACUAUUCAUAAAAGUACAUGGAUUUCAGAUACAAGUAGAAAUGAUAAUUUUAUAAUGAAUAAAGAACAAGAAGAUAAAAAAAAAUAUAUUUCAAAAGAUACAAAAAAAAUAGAAAGAACAAGAAAAUUAUUUGAAGAUAAAAAUAUUUUAAAUGAGAAAAAAUUGUCAAAAGAAAAUAUUUAUUGUUUUAUACAGAAUAAUAUUUUAAGCGAUGAAGAUUUUAUCAUAAGAAAAAAGGAAGAUGAAAUUGAAAAACAGAAGCAAAUACAAGAAAAAAAAAAACAAAGUAUUAAAAAAGAUAAAAAUGCAAAAAUUAAAAAAAAAAGUUAUGUAAAGCAUUUUGAAAGAUAUGGAACAGCAUAUAAAAAAAAAUACAAAAAUAAAAAGAAAAAAUCAAGACAUGAACAGGAUAAAGAAAUGAAAAAAAAAGAAAAAAAAAAGAAGAAAUAA